AAACAUGGCAGCUGCUGUCAGGAUGCGGACGUGGAGCAGUCCGUCUAAAGGGGAUUUGUAUCCGUGGGUGGUCGUUCUUGUAGCUUUACUCUGUAGCGUAAAUGAAGCUGGAGCAGCUCCGGAGACAGGGUUGUGGAAAAUCAACGUUGAUAAUACCUCAAGACCACUGCUAUUGAGGAAAGUCAUGUUUGGAGUCACUGAUAUUGAACUGAAAGUUGUGUCUUUUUAUUGCCCCGGGGAGGUGAACUUUACUAUUCACUGGUUUUUAAAGUAUUACCACUGCUACAAUGAAUACAAUAAUAUUGAAGAGCUGUACGACAAGACGCCUCAGAGUCGUGGGCAUAGCCUGGAUCCAAAACCCAGCAGUCCGGGAGAGUACAUCGAACACAAACACGGUUCAAUAACGUGCACCAACGAUUUGCAUUCCUUUCCGAUGCUCAGAAAAUCCAAGGCAGCGCCACGUCCAGUCACCCUACUUUCCGAGAAAGAAAUGCUCGCAAAACUGGCCGAUAAGAGUUGGAUUUCUGAAGAGUAUGACAAUAUUAAGAACGGAAGUCAAAAAAUAAGAGACAAUGUCAUCACUACAACAUGGAGGGAUGGACCUUACCUGCUGGUUGUUAAAGUCGUGUCUUCAAAGAAAGAAAAUUGGAAUUUAACAGUUAAUGUGGUGAUGAAAGGCAACCAUGGCUUCAUCUCUGCCACCGAGUGGCCCCUCAUGAUCUUCUACAUGGUGAUGUGUGUAGUGUACAUCCUGUACGCUCUGCUGUGGUUUAUGUGGGCGGCCUGCUACUGGAAAGAUCUGCUGAGGAUCCAGUUCUGGAUCGCAGGGGUCAUUUUCCUGGGGAUGGUGGAGAAGGCGGUCUUCUGCGCGGAAUAUGAAAACACCAACACAGUUGGUUCUGCUUCUCAGGGCUUGUUAAUCUUUGCUGAGUUGGUCUCCGCUCUCAAAAGAACUUUGGCCCGGUUACUCGUCAUCAUUGUCAGCCUGGGAUAUGGCAUUAUAAAGCCACGACUUGGAACUGUGAUGCACAGAGUUGUGGGGCUCGGCUUCCUUUACUUUGCCUUUGCCAGCAUUGAAGGCAUCCUGAGGAUCACAGGGACAAAAGACUCUGACUUGGCCCUGCUGGCCAACAUUCCCCUGGCUCUGCUUGAUUCUUCUCUAUGCUGGUGGAUCUUUGUCAGCUUGGCACAAACCAUCAAAACCCUGAAGCUGAGGAGAAACCCCGUGAAGCUUUCUCUCUACAGGCACUUCACAAACACGUUAAUAUUCGCUGUCAUCGCUUCUAUCAUUUUUAUGGCUUGGUCUGCAAAAAAGUUACAUUUAGCUGAUUGCCAGUCUGACUGGGUUGAACUUUGGGUAGACGAUGCGUUCUGGAGGUUCUUGUUCUCCGUCGUUCUUCUCGUCAUAAUGUUUUUAUGGCGACCGUCUGCCAACAACCAAAGGUACGCGUUCACGCCUCUCAUGGACGACUCCGACGAUGAGGAGAUCGAGGAGUUCACUGCCUCUACAAACCUCGCUGACGGUAUAAAGUUAAGAGCAGCUAAAAGUGACACAAAUGGCACAGCGAAACCUCCAGAAACAAAUCCCGAUGAAGACUUAAAAUGGGUGGAGGACAACAUUCCUAGUUCUCUCACGGAUGUAGCUCUCCCAGUUCUGCUCGACUCAGACGAGGAAAUUAUGACGACGAAGUACGAGAUGUCAAAGCUGGAGUGAGGCGAAGCACUUGCAGCAGAUUGUGGAAGAACACGGCAGCAACGGACGGUUGCAAAGUGCCAGCUGUUUUUUUUU